AUGCGUGAAACACUCAGAACUAUCGAUUUUCCCGGUAUCUCACCGUCUUUUGAAUUCUCAACGAGCACUUCGAUUACCGAAAUAACAGGCGUUGAACUGAGUACAUUGAAUAAGUUAUCAAAAUCAAAUAACACGUCUGUUAGAUCUGUUAAGCGGUCAAAAUCUCCUAAUUUUGCCCAAUCAGCCAAUAAUAGUUUACGGCCUAUAUCGGGUAAUAUAUCGAGAUCAUUGAUGAAUUCAUCAUUAACAAAUCAUACAAUUUCGUCCGCUAUCAAAAAUGAUUAUGGAAAGCGUCAAACAAGAGAAAAAUUGAAUGAGUUGGCUAUUCCAGGUGAAGUGAAACACAUUGUGCCUCUUGACAAAACAAAUGGUCGACGACCAUUCGUUGACAAUAGUUUAAUCGGACGGCAACCGAAAUCUCACAUUGUAUUGAACGAUGGUCUUGUUAUCAAGGAUUUCACAUUUUCUCAAUUGAGACCAGAAAGUGCUUUAUCUUAUUCGUACAAUGAAAGCAAUGCACAAAAAUCACGUUCACGUUCUAUCUCACCAGUUAUUGGCCGAAACGUAUCAUUUUCUAAACAUAUCUCAUCUCCUAUUCGUGCUCAAACACCAUCAUAUUCACGUCCAAAAACGUCUCAAUCGCUUGAUUUCGGACAUGUGUCACGAUCUCGAACAAGAGAUAAUGACGAACAACAACGAAAGCGUUCACGAUCAUCGUCUCCAAUAAACCAUUAUGAUGAGAGUGACGUAACAAAAUUAUACAAUUCUAUCAACCAUCGUGCCAGCGAUUUAGAUUACGAUUAUUAUAAUGAUGGUAUCGUAUAA